AUGCCAGCACCUCAACGCAAUCAUCUCUACAAGUUGAUGAUUGUUGGUGAUGAACGUGUUGGAAAAACAGAUUUUUCAUCAGUGAAUAGUAAACUGAAUUCAGAAGAAUGGUACAUUGAUUUAGGAAGCUACAAAGUCAGUAAAAUAGUAAGCAAUCUCAAUGGUAAACAGAUCAAACUCAUAAUUUGCGAUAUGAGCAGUGCAGAAUGUGAUCGUCAAAUCAGAAGAACUUUUUAUCCAGUUGUACACGGUAUUUUUAUUAUUUAUGAUUCAACAAACAGAAAAUCAUUUCAAAAUUUAAACAAUUGGUUGCGUGAAAUUAAUAAUCAUGGAGGCAGACAUGUGAUGAAAUUGAUUAUUGGAAAUAAAUGUGAUUUAGCAAGACAAAAGGCAGUUGGUUUUCACGAAGCUAGAGAGUUUCGUAUUCAAUCAAAUAUUUCCAUGUUUGAAGUUUCUGCACAAGAUCGUACUAAUGUUAAAUCAGUAGUUGAAAAUAUGAUUUGGAAAAUUCGAUCCGACUUAACAUCAACAAUCAAUCGUCGACUUGUUCAGUAUAGAGAACAAAUUGAUUUAGAAUUCGUACCUUAUAUAUCUGAUAUUGGUUCAAAUGCUGUCGAACAACAUGUAAAUGAUCAAGGUCCUCAUGAUAAUACAGAAAAUGAAAACGACCCGGUUUCGGUUGAAGAGAGUGAUGAUACGACACACAAUGAAAGUGUGGAUGAAGGUGAAAUGAAACGUGCUCAAAUAUUAUCACCUGAGAAUCAAACAAUUGAAGAGAAAGCUAAGCAACCAAAUGUUAUUAGUUUUUCAAAAACAUUAAAAAAAAUUUUUUUACAUAAAAAAGACAAUUAA